AUGUCUAGGUUCUCAAGGGCGCCCAUAGGGUUCAAGCAGUUUAUGCUGUCGAUCACUGUUCGCACACAAUACCGUACCUUUAUGCGCGAGCUUUUGAUGAUUAAGGAUCUAGAUCGACGUGAGGAAAUACGACUAUGGGUGAGAGGUGAGUACGAACGAAACAGAAAACUCUCAGAUGAGAUAGUCAUCAAGCACCAUCUCAAGGCUGGCGAGGAAGGACUACAAGAGCUCAAGGAUACUAUCAGGCUGACGGGUAUGGGAUUAUAG